AUGUCUCACAGAAAGUUUGAGCAUCCAAGACAUGGUUCUUUGGGUUUCCUUCCAAGGAAAAGAUCUAGCAGACACCGUGGAAAAGUGAAGGCCUUCCCUAAGGAUGAUCCUACUAAGCCUUGCAGGCUCACAUCCUUCUUGGGAUACAAAGCUGGGAUGACUCACAUUGUGAGAGAGGUUGAAAAGCCUGGAUCAAAGCUCCACAAGAAGGAAACUUGUGAAGCUGUGACUGUGAUUGAGACACCUCCAAUGGUUGUUGUUGGUGUGGUUGGGUAUGUGAAGACACCUCGUGGUCUGCGCACUCUAAAUACUGUGUGGGCUCAGCAUCUGAGCGAAGAAGUAAGGAGGAGGUUUUACAAGAACUGGUGCAAGUCGAAGAAGAAGGCUUUCACCAACUACUCGAAGAAACAUGAAACCGAAGAAGGUAAAAAAGACAUUCAAAGUCAAUUGGAGAAGAUGAAAAAGUACUGCACUGUCAUCAGAGUUCUUGCUCACACUCAGAUAAGGAAAAUGAAAGGGCUGAAGCAGAAGAAGGCGCAUUUGAACGAGAUUCAGAUCAAUGGUGGAGAUAUAGCAAAGAAGGUUGACUAUGCCUACAGUCUAUUCGAGAAGCAAGUCCCUGUGGAUGCUAUCUUUCAGAAAGAUGAGAUGAUUGAUGUAAUCGGUGUCACUAAAGGAAAAGGUUAUGAAGGUGUGGUUACAAGAUGGGGCGUGACUCGUCUUCCAAGAAAGACUCAUCGUGGGCUCCGCAAGGUUGCUUGUAUUGGAGCUUGGCAUCCGGCUAGAGUCUCCUACACAGUGGCUAGAGCCGGGCAAAACGGUUACCACCACCGUACGGAGAUGAACAAGAAAGUUUACCGGAUUGGGAAAGUUGGCCAAGAGUCUCACUUGGCCAUGACUGAGUUUGACAGAACUGAGAAGGAGAUCACACCGAUGGGAGGAUUCCCUCACUAUGGGAUAGUGAAGGAAGAUUAUUUGAUCAUCAAGGGAUGUUGCGUGGGGCCGAAGAAACGUGUGGUGACUUUGAGACAGACAUUGGUGAAACAGACGUCUAGGGUUGCUAUGGAGGAGAUCAAGGUUAAGUUCAUUGACACUUCUUCCGGAUUCGGACACCGUAGUUACCAGACUUCUCAGGAGAAGGCCAAGUCCUUCGGUCGAGUCAAAGCUUAG